CAUCAUUCCGCAAUGAAACUGUAUUGAUUUUAGUUAGAAAGGUUCCGGCAUUUUUGAAAUUAGAAGUUCAUUUUAGUUUGUCAGAUUAAUCGUACUUAUGAUUUUCAAUGUUUUUGUUAUAGAACAAAAAACGAAAUGGCAAACAAUGAUUAAAAACAGAACACGAAUUUGAAGGUAAUUUGUAAAUGAUUUUUCGGUCAGUCCAUGUCAAAAUGAAGUGCUAACGGCGGUCAUCUGGCUCUCAGUCCCCUUCACAAGUUUCAAAGUGCUUUGUACCGUCGUCGACGCUGAAUUAUCCGUCGUGAAAGCGUAUCAUCGGUCUACAAUGGCGUUUUCUUUGCGAAAAAUGUUUUCGAACAUAACAUAUUUCAAAAAACCAGACGAGUCUUCCGAUCACAAUACACGUCGAAAUAUGUACGCAGUUGAUGAACCUUUUAUUGUAAAUUACGAUAAUACCGAGCCUGAUUCAACAUCUAGACAAUGCACCAGUUUAAAUCUUCCGGAGACGGUCAGAAACUUCGCCGACAAAAAAUGUUCUUUAUCAGACACGGAUUUGUUAAAUACGAAAUUCCAAACGUCCAUACGUAAAAAACGUAAGUGUAAAAAGUUGAAAUUGGAUAUUAAAAAAGCAAGUCAGUCCAUGAACGAGUUAACUGAAGAUGGAAAUGUCGAAAACACUCCAAAGCAUGUCCAUUUGGAGCCAAAAAGCUCAGAUAUCUUCAGCGAGAAAUUUAGAACUUUAGACUUCAAUAAAACGUUUAAUCUAAUUGAUGCUAUGUCUGAAGACUGUCAAUCAUCAUCUCCGUUCGAGGAAGAUUUUGAUAUUGAAUCCUUAACUGAACAUUCUGAUUCAGACACAUCGGCACCUACCAAUAAGUCGCCUGUAAAAAUGUGCCGGAAGGUUACAGAGAGUCAGUGUAGUGAUGACGAUCAAAUAGCUCCAUCUCUUAGCAUCGAGUCAUUCACAGACAUAGAACUAGAGAAGGAUGAAGAUGAAAGAAUGAAAUUACUCGUCAACUAUCAGUCAAAAUUAGAAAAGUUGGAAUGCUUUACGAAAAAACUGCUGAAAGAAUUCCAGUUUCACAUUGAAGUGUCAAAAGUCUUUAAUUCUAGAUCAAGUGCUCCUUCAAACAUAGAGAAUAUACCGAAAAUGUUGAACAAAUUCAUGUACACCAAUAGUAAUAUGAACACACCAAAUUUGUCAGAUUCCUGGAAUGUUAUUCUUGAUAAGGAAGACAAUGAAACCAAAGACAAAGUAAAGAAACAUCUAUUAUCAAUGAAAAGAUUUAUAGACGAGUUUGUCUGUCUAAACUUACAAAAUGCCGAAAAUUCUGAUGCAGAAUCCAAAACUCAGUCUCGCCCUGUAAAAAAAUGCCAACGGUAUGUCCCGAGGCAUCUGAGUCGCAAGAAGAAAAUCAAGCAUUUUGAUUUCCCAGACCUCAGAGAAGCCAUGUUGAAUUUGUUCAACAUCGACAAUUCAACUACACAAGAUAUUACCACUGAUCUUAGUUCAUCUGACGAAUCAGACAUGUCCAAAUGUGUUUGCAAAUGUCACAACACUUCCUCGGAGACUGAUUCAGGAGCAACAUCAACUGUGAAUGAUCAGUCCAUGUCAAUCACUUCAUCGAUAGGAAACUUUACUCUAGAUAUAUCAGAACUGACAGCUUAUUCAGAAUCUCUGGAUCAUAUUGUGAGCUGCAGCAGUUUUGAAGACACAAGUUUCUAUGCAACUUUGCUGCAAAAAUCUGCAAUCGAACGCAUUUCAUUCUACAUACAAGUCCAUAGUAUCCAGUUGAAGAGUGAACCUGAUGAGUUUCAAACGAAAAAUACUUUAACAUUCCAUUGUCCACCAUGCAAAGAUGUACAGAUAGAAGAAAAAGGUUUGCUAAAACACAUUUUAAGUCAGUCUCACUGUGAGAAAAUACACUUUUUGUACAAAACUGCAUACAUCAAAAAGUGUGUUGCCGCCGGUAAGGAGAUCCAACCUAGUACUGUAUUGAACCCCAUGACAAUGUAUAGAGAUGAGAAUAAAAUAGUUUGUUUUGGAGAUGCCUUGUACGCCUGUUCUUUGUGCUUCGAAAAUUUGAUUGUCGGUGAAUCUAUCCUCAUGACACACUGUUGUGAGCCCCAACAUAUAGAGAGAAAGGAAAGACUUGCCGAAAUGAGAUCAAUAGUUAGCGAGAUUUGUAAUUAACACAGUAGUCUUGCUAAAGCUGAUCAUAUUACUCUAAGGUUAGCUUGAAUGUCUAGUAUCUUAGGGAACCUGAUUCAUAAUUGGAAGGGGUGUUUUGUCAAAUUAUAUUCAUAUGCAUUUACAAAAAAAAACAUUUGAGAUUAUUUAGAACUACAGGAUCUUAUACAUUUUGUUGUUUUUCUAAUUUAUCAUAGUUUUAUUUAGAUCAAUGUUAGAACUGAGAAAAUGUAACUCAUUGUUCUUUAAAACUGUUAACUGCCAGCAUAGGAGGAUAUUUAUAAAAUAAAGACGUCUUCUUUGGCAAAUUCCUGAUAAUGUGAAAUUUUCUGUGUGGCCAUAGUUAAAAAAAAAUUAUAUGUAAUGUUCAAUUCAAUUCAAUUCUUUAUGGCUUUGAUUUGUGCCAAUUAUGUAAUGUUGGGUUAUUUGGUUAGCAACUAUCACUUUACUCCAUUCAAUUAUAAAGCAGGUUUUAAUUGCAUGUAAUGGGAAUAAAGCAAUGAUUUUUUUUAAUGCAAAUUUACAUGUACAAUUUCCAAUUUCAUUAUUUGUGUUUUAAAAACAUUUUUCUUUUGUUGUUGUUUGACAUUUAAAAAAAUAUGUUUACUGUAUAAAAAAACUGUCUGUUGAUUUUUAGUCUUUUUAAUAUUUCCUGUUAAUGCAUUGUGAACAUGGUUUAUUUGUUUGCUUGUGUAUAAGGUAAGAUAGUGAUAGCGAAAAAAUUUGGUGUUCAUACGAACUACAAGGCUUGGCAGGUUCAAGUUUUUUUUUAAAUGAAUUAAUGUUACUUUUUCAACUGUUUUCUAUAGAUAAAAUAUGUGUAAUUUUAUCUUUUCUUUUUGACAUGCUACAAUGUUACAAAAAUAAUCUUAUUUAAAAAAAAUAGAGUUGUGCAUAUCAUAAAUGUAUUCAGAUUUAUAGUCACAACAAAAUAGUUAUCUUGUAUAUGUAAUAGAAAUCUGAAAGUUACAUUUUUAAUACAAUAGAAAAUUUAAAAAAAUUGUAUGAAUACCAUAAUUUUAAGUAAUAUUAAGUAGGUACAUGUAAACUUAAAACUAAUUUUCUACUAAUGCGAACUUGACUGAUCUUUAUUUUCCUCUGUUAUUUAAUUUACUUCUUUACAAUUUGAACUUAUUUUCAUUGACUGAGCGUUUUUUUUUUUCCAAAACGCACAUUAUUUUAAUAAAGAUUUAUUAUUGUAUUAAGUUUUGUCACUUUUUUGCUAUUUGAAAAAGAGACAUUUAUCUAUUAAUUUUAAUAUAGGUGUUGUAAUAUAAUCAUAUACAUUUUUAUUGGCACAUGGAAUUUUUUUACUUAAAUUAUUUUUAUAUACAUGUCAUUUUUAAAUUUAUGGGUUCUUGCUUGCAUUUUCCUGAUUUACUUAAUGUUGCCAGUUUAAAUCGAAUAUUUAUUAUUUAUUGAUCUAAAAAUGUUUUAAUUUUAGAGACACUGCAAAACUAGAAAAAAAAAACAUAGCAAAAUAUACAAUAUGUACACCCGAAUAAAUAGUUCCUAUUCCUAUUAUUCUCAUUGCCAUAAAUUUUUAAACAAAACAUAAGAUAAUAGUGAGAUUGUUUAUGAAUUUACAAAAAAUAAAACAGGGUUUUUUCGAGAUAUUUUGUACCAUCUUAGUAAUUUACUUCUUUAACUGUAAUUAAUUAGUUCAAAUAUGUACUCUUUAGGUAUAUUGUAUGUACUUAGAGGUCAUAGAGUGGUUUAAUUAGAGUAAAAUACAAAAAAAAACCGCAAAAAAAAUGUGACUAGUGUAAUAAUAAUGUUAAGCGUUUAUACAACUUUUAGAUAACAUUUACACUUUAAACAUUUUUUUCAACUUAGCAUUGUAUUUCGAGGUAAAAUAAGGCUUUAAAAGAAGCUCACGCUAAUGUGUUCAUUUUUCUCAUGACGUCCAAAGUCUAAUCAUAAAAAAAAUAUUUCAUGGGCUUAUAUAUUACCGCCCCCCCCCCCCCCACGCCUCGCGGUUUUACUGACGUGUGAAAUAUAGCCCAUCUUACUCGUCGAUAAUGUAGCUUUCCAUCAGUUAUAUUAGUUUCAUUAGUUCACUCAGAGGUGGUUUCCAACCCAUUGGGUUAUCAGAACUGAUAGUAAGUCCACUCUGGCAAAGUUUCUUCGCUGGCCACAUACCCCCCCAAUGACGCUUCUUCAGUCCUAAUAACUAUUGUCGAGUUCGUUCAUGACACUCAUGAUGUGCGGGCGACGGGAGGGGAUCGCGAAGCUAUAGCCUACAUCGAAACCAGAAAUUAGAAUAUAUAGCUUAGUAAAGGCCUUGGAGCUAUUGUAGGUACGAAAACUCGAGCACAUCAGUAUGUCUUAGCUUUAGUUUUAAGUGUAAGUGAUAGUGAUUUUGCAGGAUUCUAUAUUAUGUGAUUCAUAAAAAAAUUAAAACUCACCAGGUGCAAACGAAUUCCUGUUGAAAAUUACAGAUCUCAAAAAUGCACUGAUGAAAAAAUACAAUUAUAUAUUAAUCAUUUAUUUUUUUAAUGUACAUACAUCCUUCAUUUAGGGGUGUAAUUACAGUAUUAUAAAUUAUUUUACAAAUAAUUUACACUAUUUGUCAGUUCACACACAAAUAUAAUAUAUUUUCAACCCCACUUUUAUUUUCAAAGAGUACAUGGAAUUUUUUUCUCUUGCUUUAUUGAAUUUGAACAACCAAAUUUUGGUAAUUUUUUAUCGUGUGCAUUGUACAAUGGUGAAGUAGUUAUAAUUAAGCCUCCAAAUUGAAAGACUGAUGGUUUUUGAAUCAUAUUCUCAAUUGUAAAUAAAAAAAAUGUGUUCAGUAAUUUAUAAACGAAAAAUAUGAUGACAAUGUAGCCAUGCUCGCCCGCCUAUUUUUAUUAUUUAGUAAAAUUAAUGAUAAUUAGAUUGUAACACCGAUUAGCGAGUGAAACCUGCAAGAAACCUUGAAAAAUGUUGCCAGUUGUUAUAAUGUUCACUAUUUUUUUUUAGAUCAAAAAAGGUAAAAAUUGUUUCAAUCAUUUUUGUAUUCAAACUUUUAAAAUAUAAGUUCUGUAACGAAUUCUUAGUAUUAGUCUGUAGGGUAAACUUUUUCUAGUAUUUUUUCAUGAUGUAAGUUAGUGCUAAAUUUAAAACAAACAAUAAUAUUUGAAAUUUCAAGAGAUUUAAUGAACAUAAUUAGAAAUGAAAAAAUAAAUAAUUAACUUUUUGGCGCAAUUAACUAAGUAAUACACUCAUAAUCUUUCUAUUAUAAGAUUAUUAUAAAUAACUAAUAACGGCUUUUUAAAGUUAUGACUGACAGUAAUACUCAAAAUCAACAUGGUACCUAAUUAGUAGAACAUACAAAAUUGAUUUGUUUCAACUGUUCCAUUAAAUUGUCUAUGAUUAAUUCUUAAAAUCUAUUUAAUUUAAUUAUUUGGGGCUUAAUGCCUUUUCAGGAGCUUUUUUUUAUAGAAUAAUUUAAAUAAUUAGCUACAAUUAGUAUUUAAAUGUAAUCGAUACUUUAACUUAGUAGAUAAACUAGCUAAAAAAUAACAAAAAUGAUAAGGUUGCACACUUUAAAAAAGGUGGGCCAAUAAAUUGUCUGUUUUAAAGCAUGUUUUAAGUACAUAGUGAAGGCUAAACUCAAUAUAAAUCCUAGAUGUUUUACUUAAAUUUACAAAAAAAAAAUAUAUAACAAUUCUGUGAUCUAACUGUUGAUAUCCGAAAUUAUGGUAAAAAAAAUAGUUUUAAAAAAGUGCGUGGCGACUUUACAAAAAAUUAUUUCUUUUUUAUUUAUCCUUUCUACUUUCUUGACUGUGACAAUAUUUUUAAUCUGUUCAAAAAUAUUUAAAAUUAAUUAAACUUUUUUUUAUUACUUCUAUAAAAAAAAAGUUUGCCGCACACAUUAUCUGUGAUCCAAGAUAAGUGUUCAUAUUGUUAUAAUAAUUAAAAAUAAAGUCCAAUUUUGUAUUUUACUUUUAAAAAAAAGUGAAAUUUUUGCUGUUCUGUAUGUAUAUGAUUGAAAUGAGUAGGAAUGAAGUUUAACUUCUAAAUUAAAUUUUUCUUUAAUUAUUAUGAAAUUAAUAUAAAUACAUUCAUUUGCCGUUCAAAUUGAAAGUAUUAAAAUUGGACUUUAUUUAAAAUUUUGCUGCAAAUUACAGACUAAAUAAUUUCCAACUAAAUUGUUUUGCGAAAAUGGGGAUAUUUCAAAAAGGGUUCGAAAAUUUGUUUAUCGGGUGGCGGGACAUUAAGACCAGCGAUAAUUUUUUUUUUCUUUAAUGCGGCAGAAAAAUCCCACCGCCAAAAGUUACCAAUUAAAAAAAAAAUUAGAAAAAGUAAAUAAUGAAACUGAUGAAAUAAUAAAAAUAUUUGCACAAAUUGCUAGGGUAGCGGCACUAAUAUAUAUAUAUUAUUAUUUUAAUCUAUAUUUUAAAUGAAUAAAUAGUUGUUUUGUCUAUUUUGCCACAAUAAUAUUGUUUUUUUUAUUACUGUGGCCAUUUUAGAUGUUCACAAAUUUUGGAAUAAACUCAUUAUUUUCAUUUUCGUAAUUAUUCACCACCUUGAUUGCUCCAUGGUUUAAUUGUAUCGAUUUUCUGUUCACAAAGCUCGUGUUCUCGAAAUUAUUGUCUGUAAUUUCAGCACCAUCUGUUGGCUUUUGACUGUUAAAACUAAUAGUUAUUAUUUCCUUUUUAAAAAAAAAUGAAAUUUCACCAAUUUUUCGAUUGAAUAAAUGUGUGCAGUUUGGA